AUGGGUUCAUGUAUAAAUCUCCAAAAGAAAAGAGCAACAGGAGCUGAAUUUGGCAAGUCUCAAUCAUAUAAUGUUAUGGUUGUAGCAACAUCAGCAUUUUUUAACUCUGAUAAACUAAAACGCCAAAACUCAUCCAAAAUCAAAGAUCUUCGAAGAAAGAUAUGAAUAAAAAAGGCUGAAAACGUGCCUAAAUUGAAUCUGUCCAAAAGUGAUCUAUACAUAAGAAGGUUCAAAAACAAUAGUAAAAUCAGUUCAUUAUCAAUAUAA